UAACUGCUGUUGUUGUUGAGAAUUGUUCCAUUUGCACUUGUAAUCUCCUCCGGAUCAUAGUGAAACCUCGUGGAUGUUGUUUAAUCCAUUUUCACGAGGAAAGGAUGCGCUAAAGAGGCUUUUAGUUUGUAUGAUUGCAUGGAGAGAGCUGGGUUGCGACCAGAUGAUGCUACUUUGAUUAGCAUAUUAGCUGCUUGUGCUGAAUCUGGGUUGUGUAGUUUUAGUUAGGUUCUAAUGGUUUGAUAAGAUAUCGGACGUAAUCAACUCAUUUGACACAGAAAUUUUAAGGUUGAAGAAUAAAUUUUCUGGUCUAUCAACUCAUCUGAAACAAAAAUUUUAUUGUAAGAGUGAAAAAAUGAGGUCGUCGAUGCUUAUUAAGGCCAGGAGUAUGCUCACAAUGUCAGCUGAAAAUUAUAAGUGGCUGGCACCUCCAAGAGACUUCUUGAAAUCUAAUUCAAGUGGUUCAGUGAAGAACCAGGUUGGUACUUCUGCCUAUUUAAUUAGGGACCAUGAUUCCGAGUGGGUAGUCGCUGAAUUUAACCCAAAUCCUAGCAAGACUAAUAGCACAGCAAGUGAAAUGACUGGUAUGGCAAAUUCUCUUAGAAAGUUCAUUGAGCUGAAAAACAUUAAUAGUCCGUUACGAAAGAAACUCGGGGAUAAAAAAUGUGAUUCAAUUGAUAGAGUUGAGGGGGUUAUAAUUGAGAGUGACAACGUAGCAGUCGUGGAAAGCAUCAAUGGAAAUUUUAAUUUUACAUCAGACCUUGAAAAUAAGGCGUUCAAAUUAAGGGAGUUGGUCAAGAAAGUAAAGGAACUGUAUGGCACCUGCAUUGUUAGACAAAUCAAGAGUGAGGUUAACGGAGUCGCACAGAUAUUGUCCCAAAUGGCAUUGAACAAAGACAGGACCACAUUGGCCAAAAUGGGGUUGGACAGGGACAAGACGUUUAUCAACAUUGGAGACCUUCCUAAGGAUUUCCAAGAACCUGUCUGCGGAAAGAAUGGAGUUGGAUAAGGAGGGGUUUGAAUAUCCUCCCGGUACGAAAGCGAAGAGGAAAGUGAUGAAGUGGUGAUACCAUCAGCAACAAUGGCGAAGAGCACUCAUUUAUUAGGAAGUAGUCUUUGAGUUUUAUCCGCCAUCAAAGACUGUAUCCAGUUAAUCAAUUCUUCUUCUUCUUUUCAGAGGCCGGAUUCUGUUUCUGCAUGCUAAUUUGACUUGUACGGAUAUAAAAAUGGUAUGUUUUCCUCUUGUCAUGAAAAGAACUAGAUAAUGCUUAUCUUGUGACUAAAUUUCGAUGAUAACUGGAAAUUUUGAAAAAUGAAGAAAAUGAGAAAA